AUGGCGGAUGCAGAGACAACACCUAGCGAUGCGCCAUCAGCGCCAAUCGCGCCAGUCGCCAUCUUCAAGAAGCGCGGCGCAAAGGGCAAGGCCAACCUCCGAAAACGCGCAGCGACACCACCACCCGCCGACAGCGACGACUCGGAUUACUCCUCCUCCGAAGACGAGGCCGGCCAGAGAAUAAAGCGUAGGAAACGAAACACUGGCGCGGUAGUCGCCUCCUCUAAAGGCGCCACCACCGGCUCCUCUAACAACACCGACCUCUCCGCGACCGUCUUCGAAGCCGACCGCACGCGCUCCCUCGACACCGGCAAGCUCGAAGCAACCAAGCAAAGCAACUGGUACGACGAAGAUGCCACCACUGCCCUCUCAUCACGCAACCUCCUCGGCUCAACCCGCGCCAUGAAAAACUCUUCCACCAACCCCAACGACAACUCCGCCCCCGACGGCACCUACAAAGGCCUCGCCAACCAGACGCGCUACCACGCGCACAACCCGGACCGGCCGCCCGCGCGAACCGUCGGCCCCAUCAAGGCGCCGACCAACAUCCGCACCGUCACCAUCACCGACAUGGCGCCUGACAUCUGCAAAGAUUAUCGGAUUACGGGUUUCUGCGGCUUCGGCGACGGCUGCAAGUUCCUGCACGCGCGCGAGGACUAUGCGCACGGGUGGCAGCUGGAUAAGGAGUGGGAGACGGUGACCAAGGGAAAGAAGGUGAUUGGGGGCACGGUGGUGGCGAGCGCGGACAAGAAGUUGGCGGGGGAGGAGGACGGAGGGGAUGGGGAUGAGGAGGAGGCGGCGAUGUUGGAGGGUAUACCGUUUGCGUGUAUCAUUUGCUUAGAGUCGUACAAGGCGCCGGUAGUGACGCGGUGUGGGCAUUACUUUUGUGAGGCGUGCGCGCUGAAGCGAUAUCGGAAGGAUCCGAGCUGCGCGGCGUGCGGCGCGGGGACGAACGGGGUGUUUAACGCGGCGAAGAGGUUACAGAAGUUGUUGGAUAAGAAGAGGGAACGGGCGGCGAGGAAACGGCAAGAGGCCAUCGAGGCGGGCGAGGAGCGUGCUGGGUGCCUCCUAGCUACCUAG